AUGAUUGAUAUACAUAUGAGAUUUACCGCUUGGGACAUUAAACAUGUUGCCACAGUUGCCAGUGUUGGAGCUCCUGAAAGGUCAGAGUAUAAGCCGCUUGUUGCCACAGUUGCCAGUGUUGGAGCUCCUGAAAGGUCAGAGUAUAAGCCGCUUGUUGCCACAGUUGCCAGUGUUGGAGCUCCUGUUAAGUCGGAGUAUAAGCCACUUGUUGCUAUGUUUGCCAGUGUUGGAGCUCCUGAUAGGUCAGAGUAUAAGCCGCUUGUUGCUACCGUUGCCAGUGUUGGAGCUCCUGAAAGGUCAGAGUAUAAGCCGCUUGUUGCUACCGUUGCCAGUGUUGGAGCUCCUGAUAGGUCAGAGUAUAAGCCGCUUGUUGCUACCGUUGCCAGUGUUGGAGCUCCUGAUAGGUCAGAGUAUAAGCCGCUUGUUGCUACCGUUGCCAGUGUUGGAGCUCCUGAAAGGUCAGAGUAUAAGCCGCUUGUUGCUAUGGUUGCUAGUGUAGGCUUGUUGAUGAGAUUGUUAUAG